GCCCUUUAACGCAUCACUCCUCCGGCCCUUCCUCUCUGGAGUUUCCAGCUUUUCUCCGUCACUUAUCAGGGGUAACUUCUAAAAUUGCUUAAACGCUCGGAAAUGCUCUGCAGACAAAACCCCGAGUCGCUCACAGCAGUUUCUGUACCAUGAUGUGGCUGCCCUGCGGAUGCGCUUCGAGGCGCGUCGUUUCUUCCUUCAACCGUCGCGUCUUCAGAUCGUAUUUCCAUGUCGAGGGUCGCAGGAGGUUCAAUGUCGCGGCCUUCAUGCCGGAGGCUGCGGGGAUCCAGGGGCUGUCGGACCGCUCGACGCUGCAGGAGUUUUCCGUCUCCAACGGUGAGAGCUUCUGGGCCGCAGCAGCGCGUCACAGACUGAGCUGGGUCAGUCCUUUCCACACGGUCCAGGACUGCGAUCUGAGCCGGGGCCGGAUCAAGUGGUUUGAGGGAGGGAAGCUGAAUGUGUCCGUUAACUGUCUGGACCGCCACGUGCACACCUGUCCUGAGAAGGUGGCCCUGAUCUGGGAGAGAGAUGAACCGGGGUCAGAGGUCCAGGUCACCUACAGGCAGCUGCUGGAGAUGACAUGUCGCCUGGGCAACCUGUUGAAGCGGCAUGGCGUGAAGAAGGGGGACUGCGUCACCAUCUACAUGCCUCCUUGUCCUCUGGCCGUGGCGUCCAUGUUGGCCUGCGCCCGGAUCGGAGCAGCACACAACGUGGUGUUCGCCGGGUUCAGCGCCGAGGCCCUCGCAGAGCGGAUCAGAGAUGCCCAGUCCAGCACCGUCAUCACAGUGAACCAGGGCGUCAGAGGGGGAAAGGUCAUCGAGCUGAAGAAAACGGUGGAUACAGCUGUCGACGGCUGCCCAACGGUACAGCAGGUGCUAGUUGCUAUGAGAACAGAGAAUCCCGUCGCCAUGACAGCCAGGGAUGUUGACAUGGAGGAGGAGAUGCUGAAGGAGGACGCGGUGUGUGAGCCGGCCAUCAUGGACAGCGAGGACGUCUUGUUCCUGCUCUACACAUCAGGCAGCACAGGGAAGCCUAAAGGACUCGUCCACACUCAGGCUGGUUACCUGCUGUACGCAGCGCUCACACACCGGUACGUCUUCACCUACCACGACGGAGACGUUUUCGGCUGCGUGGCAGAUAUCGGCUGGAUCACGGGACACAGCUACAGUGUCUACGGGCCCCUGGCCAACGGGGGGACGACCGUCCUGUUUGAGAGCACUCCCAUUUACCCCAACCCAGGGAGGUACUGGGAGAUGGUCCAGAGAUUGAAGAUUAACCAGUUUUACGGGGCUCCGACGGCGAUCCGCCUGCUGCUCAAGUACGGUGACCAGUGGGUGCACAAGUACGACCGCUCCACCCUCAAAACUCUCGGCUCUGUGGGCGAGCCCAUCAACACUGAAGCGUGGGAGUGGUACCACAGAGUGGUUGGGGACGGACGCUGCCCUGUGGUGGACACCUGGUGGCAGACUGAGACAGGUGGCAUCUGCAUCAGCCCGAGGCCGUCCGACCCAGACGCAGAGAUUGUCCCAGGGAUGGCUAUGAGACCUUUCUUUGGCAUUAAGCCCGUCCUCAUGGACACUGAGGGAAAAGUCCUGACUUCCAACAACACGUCCGGAGCUCUGUGUAUAUCUCAGCCUUGGCCUGGUAUGGCUCGAACAAUUCAUAACAACCACCAGAGAUACAUUGAGACCUACUGUCAGCCUUAUCCUGGUUACUUCUUUACUGGAGAUGGCGCUUAUUGCUCUGAGGAGGGGUACUACCAGAUCACUGGUCGCCUUGAUGAUGUCAUCAACGUGAGCGGUCACAGGAUUGGGACAGCAGAAAUAGAAGAUGUGGUGAAUCAGUGCUCUGCAGUGGCUGAGUCUGCAUGCAUAGGAUACUCGCAUGACAUCAAAGGACAAGGAGUUUAUACCUUUGUGGUGCUGAAAAAGGAUGUGGACGUUCAAGAGACAGACCUGUCCCGGCUGCUAAAUGACAUGGUCUCUAAAAAGAUUGCAAAGUACGCCUGUCCAGACUUCAUCCAGUUCGUCCAUCGUCUGCCAAAAACACGCUCAGGUAAGAUAAUGCGGCGGGUGCUGCGCAAAGUGGUGGAGCGAGAUUUGAACAGUCUGGGUGACCUCAGCACGCUGGAUGAUCCUGCCGCAGUCCAAGAGAUCAUCCAAGGUCACCGAGAGCUCUGUGGUCAACAACAACAACCACCACCACAACCCUGAUGAUGUGUCUUAUGGAACCAGGAAGAUGAAAGCGAUGCUUAUCCAUUUCACUUAAACAGACUUUGGCCAAAUAUUGUUUGUUUUUAAUUGUACAAAUGACAUUUUAAUGAAAUCAAGUAAACAACUAUAAAACAGCUCCAACUCUGCUUUUGAUAUAAGAACAUUGUGUGUUUUUAUUAUAAAAUAUUCCAAUGUAGUGAUUGUAAACAUAACACAGUUAACAAAUGUUAUCUGACAUAAAAGCACAUCUAUGGAG